CCCUAGGCCCCUCUCCCUGCUUUCUUUGAGAUGUCUGCUGUCACCUUGGCUCUCAAGUUUGGUUUUUCUCUCUCCUUCAGCCUGCUCCUUCAACCUGCUUCAGGUCCUUUCCCUUCCUCUCCCCUGCCCCCAUCUCUUCUCUUUCCUCUGGAACCCCACCUUUUUCUCCGCAGAGCUGAUGGCUUUUCUUCUGGUAAAGUCAAGCCACUGAUGGAAGGGAGAAGCCACCGCUGGUUAUAGAGAGAAAGCACGCUGAUAGAUUUUCUGCGCAAUCUCUGCGUCAUCGCCCCCCACUCCCGGAACCUCUAGCUGUCCGAGCCCCCAGCCCCAACCCCUCUGGGCAGGAGAUACGGUUGAAGGGUCUGAUGGCUGAGAGGGUCCAUCUCUGACGUUGCAGUGCACCCCGCCUCCGGUCGCGUUCAGACCUCCCUCCCCUACACGAACCGGUCGUGAGCAGACACGGCCCAGAGGCACACACAUCAUCAAUCUUUCCCUUUUCUCUUCCGACUAGGACCCUUUCCAAGGUGACUACCCAAACCGCAUUAGCCACCCAUCUGCCCUAGCCCUGGGCGGGCGUCCCGCACCGCAGACCCCCCCUCAGGUUCGCGUCGUCCUUGGGCUGUGGCUGAGCAGGGGGCCCGCCCCCUCCCCGGCCUUCAAACCCUUGCCGUCCCCCCCAUCCAGUAUCGAUCUCUUUCUUACUGGCGCCCAGUGCGAUGCUGGCGGGGCCCUCUUCCCAUCCUAUCCUGCUCAGCAACGCGGGCUCUGCGCCGCAAGUUGCUUUGUAACCCACCCUCCCGCCUUCUGGCUCCUCUGUACCCACCCUUCCAUUCAUUCUUCCAUUCAUUCAUUCAUCCUUUUCUCCUCGUCCCCCCUUCAUUCAUUCAAAGCCCCCCCGCCCCGCCCGCAUCCACAUUUCAUUCAUUCAUUCAUUCAUUCAUUUCCCGGAGCUCGGCUGGCGCACGCCCCUCCAGCCGAGGGCCUCACUGCGCAGGCGCAGGCCGGGAGCGACGCUCACCCUCCAAUCGCCGGACACCCACCAUCCACCGGGCACCCGCCCGCUUCCCCAUGAAUGAACACUGACGUCAACGGGGCGGGGCGAGCCCACGUGACCCCGCGCGCUCCCCUUUAUAAGGCGGCGGCGCGGGCGCUGUCCAGCGUGCUGAAGCCGGAGCGAGAGCGCUGCUGCCGACCCAGCUGAGCCCAGCUCCCAGGACGCCAGCCCGCGACCAUCGCUCGUACUCCAGGCACCGGACGGAGCCCGGGCGGACGGGUCCCCAUCUCCCCCCUGCCCCGACCCUCCUCUCCAGCUUCCGCCGUCGUGACACCGGCUGUCUCUGGCAGCCCGUUGGUCAUGAAAACCCUCACGUUCCCGGCAUCCGUCCUCUUCUGUUUCCUUCUACUGAUCCAGGGGUUGGGAGCAGCGCCCCCCGGGCGCUCCGAUGCCUAUCCUCCCCCCCUCAGCUCUGAGCAUAAAGAGCAGGUAGCUGAGGACGCAGUGUCCCGGCCAAAGGAUGACAGCGUCCCAGAGGUCCGAGCCGCUCGGAAUUCCGAGCCUCAGGACCAGGGAGAGCUCUUCCAGGGCGUGGAUCCCCGGGCGCUGGCCGCGGUACUGUUGCAGGCACUGGACCGUCCGGCCUCGCCCCCGGCGGUCCCAGGAGGCUCCCAGCAGGGGACACCCGAAGAAGCCGCAGAAGCUCUGUUGACCGAGUCCGUGCGCAGUCAGACCCAUAGCCUCCCGGCACCAGAGAUCCAAGCGCCCGCUGCGGCCCCCCCUCGCCCUCAGACUCAGGACAACGAUCCCGAGGCUGAGGACCGCUCAGAAGAGCUGGAGGCGCUAGCAUCCUUGCUCCAAGAACUUCGAGAUUUCAGUCCGAGCAACGCUAAGCGCCAGCAAGAGACGGCCGCAGCAGAGACGGAAACCCGCACGCACACGCUGACCCGAGUCAAUCUGGAGAGCCCCGGGCCAGAGCGCGUGUGGCGCGCUUCCUGGGGAGAGUUCCAGGCGCGUGUCCCGGAGCGCGCUCCUCUGCCACCCCCGGUCCCUUCGCAAUUCCAGGCUCGAAUACCCGAAAGCGCUCCCCUUCCCGAAACCCAUCAGUUCGGGGAAGGAGUGGCCUCCCCUAAAACACAUCUAGGUGAGACUUUGACACCCUUAUCCAAGGCGUACCAAAGCCUAGGUGGCCCCUUCCCCAAGGUGCGCCGGCUCGAGGGUUCGCUCCUGGGCGGCUCCGAGGCUGGAGAGCGCCUGCUUCAGCAAGGGCUGGCUCAGGUGGAGGCAGGGAGGAGACAGGCGGAGGCCACCCGGCAGGCCGCGGCGCAAGAAGAGCGGCUGGCCGAUCUCGCCUCCGACCUGCUGCUCCAGUAUCUGCUGCAGGGCGGAGCCCGGCAGCGCGAUCUCGGGGGUCGCGGGCUGCAGGAGACGCAGCAAGAGCGGGAGAGCGAGAGGGAGGAGGAGGCGGAGCAGGAGCGACGCGGUGGUGGGGAGGACGAGAUGGGGGAAGAGGACGAGGAGGCGGCGGAGGCGGAGGAGGAGGCGGAGGAGGCGGAGAGGGCGCGGCAGAACGCGCUCCUGUUCGCCGAGGAGGAGGACGGGGAAGCCGGGGCCGAGGACAAGCGCUCCCAGGAGGAGGCGCCAGGCCAUCGGCGGAAGGAUGCGGAGGGGGCAGAGGAGGGCGGGGAGGAAGACGACGACGACGAGGAGAUGGAUCCGCAGGCGAUCGACAGUCUCAUCGAACUGUCCACCAAACUCCACCUGCCAGCCGACGACGUGGUCAGCAUCAUCGAAGAGGUGGAGGAGAAACGGAAGCGGAAGAAGAACGCCCCCCCGGAGCCCGUGCCGCCCCCCCGGGCCGCCCCAGCCCCCACUCACGUCCGCUCCCCGCAGCCCCCACCUCCCGCCCCGGCCCGGGAUGAGUUGCCGGACUGGAACGAAGUGCUCCCACCCUGGGAUCGGGAGGAGGAUGAGGUGUUUCCCCCAGGGCCCUACCACCCCUUUCCCAACUACAUUCGGCCGCGGACACUGCAGCCACCCGCAUCCUCCCGCCGCCGCCACUUCCACCACGCGCUGCCACCUGCGCGCCACCACCCCGACCUGGAGGCCCAGGCCAGGCGCGCGCAGGAGGAGGCGGACGCGGAGGAGCGCCGGAUGCAGGAGCAGGAGGAGCUGGAGAAUUACAUCGAGCACGUGCUGCUGCGCCGCCCGUGACUGGCCCCGGCCCCGGCCCCGCGCGCCCGCCCCGAGCGGGGCGCGCCGCCACGCCCCCCCCCUCCGUGUCGCUCCUCCUCCCUCCCGGUGUUUGCAUGCGCCCCGGCUCCGCCCCUCGGCUGCCGCCCGGCCCCGCCCCACGUGACCCCGCCCCGAGCUCUGUCGGGACCGGACCUGUCAGACUUCCUCCGGGUCUGCGGUCCAGAACUCCCCAAACUCACGGGCGACCCCGGGGCCGUCCCAGGCGGGUGGGUGUUUCUGUGCGAGUCCCCUUACGCCCCCGCUUCCUCCAGGGGCCUCGUCCCCACUUAGUUCCUCUUGAGACUCCCAGGUCCCAAACGGGGAUGUCUGGUCUCAUUAAUCUUGUGAAGUGUCUGUCUCCCAGCCUCGGGGCCCCCGGAGCCUCCCCCUUCUCCAAAUCGCUGUGAACCCACCCACUCCUUGCCCUUCUCUGUUGUAAAUACCCCUCACGGAGGAAAUAGUUUUGCUAAGAAAUAAAAGUGACUAUUUUA